AUGAGUUUGCAUUAUUUGCAUGAGGCGAAGAAGAGGAAAUUAACGUCUUCUAACAUUUGGCUCGACUCCAAUAGUUUAAGCGGCCUCAUUUCCCUCUCCUUCAAGCUUUCCUCUUUGGGACUAGGCUCUUGCAAUUUAGAUAGAAUUCCAUCGUUUCUUGUGACCCAAUAUGACUUGACGGAUCUGGACCUAUCUGCUAACAGUAUCCAAACAAAUAUUCCAUCUUGGAUAUGGAACUUACCCAGUCUUUCUAAUUUGAACCUUAGUUGUAAUCAGUUAACAGGGUCAUUGCCAUCUAGACUAACCUUACCCAAGUAUUUUGGCUAUCUAGAUUUGCACAAUAAUAGCUUAAAAGGUGCUCUUCCUCUUCCUCCUGCUCGUGCUGCUCUACUGGAUCUGUCGAUGAAUCAGUUUAAUCGCUCUAUUCCUACUGAUAUUGGUGCAUAUAUUCAAAGUACAGAGUUCUUAUCCUUGUCGAGGAAUAAUCUCAGUGGAGCGAUUCCAGAAUCUAUUUGCACUCCAUAUUUGCAGGUUCUUGACCUUUCAAAUAAUACGCUGAGCAGUGUCAUUCCUCCUCAUUUAACCAAGAAUUGUUCUUCUCUAAGUGUUUUAGAUUUGGCGGAAAAUCAUCUGGAAGGUAAAUUGCCAACAGAAUGGGGCAACAUUACAAAGAUUCAUACAUUGAAGCUCAAUGGUAAUCAUUUGAGAGGAGUUAUUCCCUCAUCCAUUUCAGAAGGCCGAUCUCUGCAAGUAUUGGAUUUGGGAAAUAAUGAUUUGGAAGGCACCUUUCCCCACUGGAUUGGAAAGCUAUUACAACUGCAUGUGUUCGUCUUAAGGUCUAAUCAUUUUCAUGGCAGUAUCCCACUCCUGGUAAUUGGCAUUCCGAAUCUUCAAAUUCUGGAUCUUUCUGGCAACCACCUUUCGGGAGCUAUUCCAAGCAACCUUACAAAUCUGCUUGCAAUGGUCAAUGCAUCGCAGAAUAAUUCAAACCAUCUCGAAGAAUACAGUUCAACUGGUGCUACAUAUACAAAUCAGAUUAAAAUUUCCUGGAAAGGUUGGGAUGUUGAAUUUGUGAAAGUUCUUUUCAUUCUUAAAUGCAUUGAUCUUUCAAACAACUUCUUAUCUGGGAGCAUUCCUCCCAAAAUGGGAUCCGUUCAAGGCUUGAUAGCCCUUAAACUUUCAAGGAAUCAUCUCAGUGGCCGAAUCCCAAAAACAUUGGGACGCAUGGAUCAGCUAGAGUCUCUAGACCUCUCGCUAAAUAGGCUGAAUGGCAACAUUCCAUUAGAACUUGAGUUGCUGAGUUAUUCGCAGUUCUUGAAUCUAUCUUAUAACAUGCUUGAUGGAAAAGUACCCCACGGGGGGCAGUUUCUAACGUUUGGGUAG